CCGGAUAACUAGGCUUUGCUUGACCAUGCAAAUUACUACUUUUUUUUUUUUUUUUUUUUGAAGUUAGUGUUGAAAGUUGAGUUGGAGUUGUAUUUGACCAUGAAUAUAAAUUAAAGUUAUUUUUUAAAUUUUAUGAGAGCAGUAUGAGCGAAUAAAGUGUAAACAAGACUCGUUUUUACUUUUCUAAAUAAUUUUCCGGAUUUGGAGUUGGAAAAUUUAUGGCCAAAUACAACGUAUUUUCUCUUUUUUUUUUUUUCCACUAAAUUGAAAUAAUUUUUUGAAAAAAAAGGAAAAAAGUUGUAUGGCAAAAUAUUUAAUUUCUAAUUAUCCCUGCAGAACACUCAAUUGAUGGUAUCGUGAUUAGUUUUCAAUUUGUACUUUAUUAUUUUAAUUUGGUUGAUGAAUUUUGCUGACUGCUACGGCUUAUCUGUCUAUACUUAGGUCAUAAAUUUAGUCUGGUAGAAUUUUAACGAUGAUAAAUUUACGUGAUUUUUAUUUUUCCAUCAAUUUAAUUCUACGUAUUAAGAUUGCAAGUGAAUUGUUUGAUGAAAGUACUAAGCAAGCUUGAGUUGGUUAAUUCGAAAAUGGAAGUGUGUUCCAUACAUUCAAUAUCGUAGACAAAAUUUUACCUGAGGGGAAGCAUAUAGUAUAAAUUUAUACAAUAAUUACUUACCUGCACUAAUUUUUCAGUGAAUUGACACUCCUAUAUAAGGAGAAAAAAAAAAGCAUUUUGCAGUGAGAGGAAGAAGAGUAGUAAUUUGUUUUUUCUCGUACCAAAUCAGCUAUGGAAGGUGCAUCUUCUCCGACUUGGGAACAAAUUGAACUUUCAGAAAGAUAUCUGGUGUGUUGUAUGUUCCAAGAAGCGUCUUCCUCAGUUAUUGAGCAAUUGGUUGAGAAAAGUAAUGAAUUUGUUGAAGACAAUUGUGAAUUGGGUGAUAUGUUGGAAUCAGCUGGCAUGGUUAUCGUGCGGUCAUUGAAAGAACUGGGGAGGACAUCGAAAAUACUGAAGCAGCUGAAAGUGCUAUUUGGUUCAGUCACCACUAUUCCUGCCCAAGUUUUCCUUACUGGGGUGUGUCUCCAGAUACUAGAUGGCCCUUCUACUGAAGUUCAAGAAAUCAUAGAGGAAUUCCUUAGGAAGUGGAGAUAUGUUGACGGGAAGUAUUAUACUGUUGCAAGCAUGGAAGCUGAUGUACCUGACAUGGAAGAAUUUAGCAAUCAGAUUUCCCUUGGAGUUGAUACGUACCUGGAAAUUAUUGAGCUCUAUGUCAUAACCUUUUUGGGGAGGAUUCUAGGAAAUUUGGAUCUUGCUAUCUCUUGGGUUGAAAAAUCCCCUCUAACUGAGGAGAAGAGGCAGGAUCGUUUGAGGCAGUUGCACUCCAUGGAUACUUUAAAGCUUGGCAGCUCUUCACAGUCCUCGGCAUCACUGCUCCAAAUGGAUGAAUGUACAACUGAUUCCACUUCCGUGAUUGAAGAAAAAUCAUGCAAUGGAAGAGCAAAUAUUUUAGAACACAAAGACCAGUCUCAGGGAGAGAACACCACGAAACAAUCAAUUUUGGAGUUCUCUAGAGGGAGAACUCCAUUUUGGUGGUUUCGUACCGUCACUUUGAAGUUUGGAAGCGGUCGCUUGGUCUUAUCAAAUGGAAGCAUCUUUCUUGGUUUUCUGGCAGCACUUGUUUACCAUAUUGUGUGGAGAAAACAAGCCUCUUUAUGGAACUGUGGGGGACACAUUAUUGUGUAAAACCUACCAACUUUUCUCAUGACCCAUGGACAGUGCAUAGGAUAAAGCAAGUUAGUGCACAACUUGUGCAUUGAAGGAUGUCUUCCAUUAUCAAGUUAACUUGCAUUGUGUUAGCACAGGAUUUAGUGGACAUAUCAAAUUCCCUCCGUUAUCUUGAAACAACUGAAAUUCAUUCUUGAUCUUCCAUUUAUUGUUUAUGCUGGAUCAAAGUCAAAUUCAGCUUAAUGUAGAUCAGUGGAUACAAAUGCACAUCGUAUUUCAUUACUACGGAUGUGUGGCA